UACCCAAAUCUCGUCUCAAUCUUCAAACCCGACACUACUGACGUGGGUCUGAUUCUCUCAAAAUAUUAUUAUAUAUUCAUACCCAUAACAUCUUAUUAUUCACACCUAUCACAACAAACACACAAUCCCCUCAAAUUCUCCUCUUGUUCAGGUGGUUGUGCACAUCUAGAUAAAAUGGAAGUUAGAGGGGGGUUAAGCCAAUUUCUAUGGCCUUGACUGAUCACUCACUGCAUAAGGUUAGAAGCAAGUCAGAAACUCUAGAAAUUUGUGUUUUUAGUGGUGAAACAAAUACAAGUUAUUACUCCAGAAAUAGGACAACUGGCAUGGAUUUUAAACCAGAUUCGACUAGACUCAAAAAAUCGUACGCUUUUAAUACUCAAGUGAUCAGUACUGCAACUUCUUGGACCCGUAAGAUAUCCAUAAGCGAAGGGUAUCAUGAAGUUUUGUAAUAGAAAUCUUAAAUUUUCAAUUUCUUUUGACAUUCAUUUCUUCUAAUUAAGAAGAACAAACUGAUCAACUCUAGCCUUUAGCACUUUAACAUGGCUGCAUCUGUAAGUGGAGAGACCAAUGCUUGUUUACAUUCAGUUGGCGAUGACUUUGACUGCCCGAUCUUGCCCGGGCUGCCCGACGAUAUAGCAAAGUACUGUCUUGCCCUUGUCCCAAGAACAUACUUUCCAACAAUGGGAACUGUGUCAAGGAGAUGGAGGUCUUUUAUUAUAGUUAGGAGACUUUCUGGUUUAGUUGAAGAAUGGAUUUAUGUUUUGAGUAUGGAUACUAACGGAGAUGGGACCCACUGGGAGGUCUUGGAUUGUUUUGGAAAUAAACAGGCAGUCUUACCUCGGAUGCCAGGCCCCGUGAUAGCGGGCUUUGGGGUUGUGGUUGUUAAUGGGAAGCUUAUUGUUAUGGCUGGGUAUUCGAUGGUUGCUGGUGUUGGUUCGGUUUCUUCUGAUGUGUACCAAUAUGACUCUUGUCUUAACAGCUGGAGCAAGCUUUCCAACAUGAACGUGCCUCGAUAUGAUUUUGCAUGUGCAGAAGUAAAUGGUAUGGUUUAUGCAGUUGGUGGUUAUGGGGUGGAUGGAGAUUCUCUCUCAUGUGCUGAGGUGUAUAAUCCAGAAACCGACAAGUGGACUUUAAUCGAGUCGCUUCGCCGCCCACGUUGGGGUUGUUUUGCAUGCGGGUUCGAGGGUAAACUCUACGUUAUGGGCGGGCGGUCAAGUUUCACCAUUGGAAACUCAAGGUUUGUUGACGUGUACAACCCGAUAGAGCAGUCAUGGUGCGAAAUGAAAAACGGCUGUGUGAUGGUGACCGCUCAUGCUGUAGUUGGAAAAAAACUAUUUUGUAUAGAAUGGAAAAACCAACGAAAACUCGCUAUUUUUAACCCCGAAGACGGCUCAUGGAAAAUGGUGGGGGUCCCGGUUACUGGAAGCUCGAGGGUCGGGUUUCGGUUUGGAAUUAUCGAAGAUAAGUUAUUGCUUUUCUCACUUGAAGAAGAACAAGGAGGAGGUAACACAUUAAUGUAUGACCCAAAUGCAACUACUGGCUCAGAAUGGCAGACUUCAAAGAUUAAGCCAUCUGGUUUAUGCUUGUCUUGUGUCACAAUCAAGGCAUAAUAACCAAUAAUUAUUGCAUUUCAUUUUUCUUUGCAAAUCUGUUUGUUGUUGUAGUCAAGUUUCAUGUAUUAUGGAUACCUAAGUUAUAUGUACUUAUUUAGUCUGACAAUCUAAGUGUGAAACUUAUAUUUAUAUCUAAAAUAUUUAUAGAAAAUUUACGAAAUAA